UUCCAUAUCACAAUAACCUCAAAACAUUUUCCCCAAAUUCAAAUACAAUUCUUCAAAUUUAACCAUUUCAAUUGUCUAGUUUUUUCAUGGCAGAUUCACAUCAACAACCGGCUUCGGGGCCAACCGCCUCAGCCGCUUCAUCUCUACCCAAUUUCCUUGUUUCUGUAAAACUAAAAUAUGUAAAAUUAGGCUACCAUUACUUGAUCACACACGGUAUGUACCUAUUAUUAACCCCUCUCUUAGCCGUAGUCUCGGUCCACUUAUCGACGCUCACAACACGCGAUGUUAUCCAUUUAUGGGAGCAGCUUCGGUUCAAUUUAGUCACUGUGGUCAUUUGCUCGGUGUUAACGGUGUUUUUAGCCACAGUCUACUUCAUGAGUAGACCAAGGAAGGUGUACCUUGUGGAUUUCGCCGCUUAUAAACCCGAAGAUGCCCGAAUGGUGACUCGGGAAAUAUUUAUAGACCGGUCGACUCAAACGGGGAUGUUUACUGAAGAGAAUUUAGCGUUUCAGAAGAAGAUUUUGGAACGAUCGGGUUUAGGGCAGAAGACGUACUUUCCUGAUGCGGUUUUGCAAGUUCCGCCUAACCCGUGUAUGGCGGAAGCGAGGAAAGAGGCGGAGAUAGUGAUGUUUGGAGCUAUAGAUGACUUGUUGGCGAAAACCGGAAUGAAAGCUAAGGAUAUUGGGAUAUUGAUAGUGAAUUGUAGCUUGUUUUGUCCAACACCUUCAUUGAGUUCAAUGAUUGUGAACCAUUAUAAGCUUAGAGGGAAUAUUAUGAGCUAUAAUCUUGGUGGAAUGGGUUGUAGUGCUGGAUUGAUUGCCAUUGAUCUUGCAAAGCAACUUCUACAGGUAAACCCUAAUUCGUACGCACUGGUUGUCAGCACAGAAAACAUAACCCUAAACUGGUACCAUGGCAACAACAGAUCAAUGCUUGUAUCCAACUGCUUAUUCCGAAUGGGAGGAGCUGCAGUGUUGCUAUCAAACCGCUCCUCAGACCGCCGUCGUUCAAAAUACCAACUCAUCCACACUGUCCGCACACACAAAGGUGCAGACGACAGGUGUUACAACUGUGUGUUCCAAGAAGAAGAUGAGAACAAAAAAAUAGGUGUAGCACUUUCAAAAGACCUCAUGGCGGUCGCCGGUGAAGCCCUUAAGACGAACAUCACCACGCUCGGACCACUCGUUCUUCCAAUGUCCGAACAAAUCUUGUUUUUCAUGACAUUGGUUGCAAGAAAAGUGUUCCAGAUGAAGAUCAAACCCUACAUUCCGGACUUCAAACUGGCAUUUGAGCAUUUUUGCAUUCAUGCAGGAGGAAGGGCUGUUCUUGAUGAGUUAGAAAAGAAUCUUGAAUUAUCUGACUGGCAUAUGGAACCAUCUAGGAUGACUCUAAAUAGGUUUGGUAACACUUCGAGUAGUUCGUUAUGGUACGAGUUAGCGUACUCCGAGGCCAAGGGUCGGAUCCGAAAGGGUGAUCGAUCGUGGCAAAUUGCUUUCGGGUCUGGUUUUAAGUGUAAUAGUGCGGUGUGGAAAGCGUUGAGGACGAUUAAUCCGGCUAAGGAGAAAAAUCCUUGGACUGAUGAGAUUAAUGAUUUCCCGGUUCAUGUUCCGAAGAUUGAGAAGAUUGGCUCGUAAAAAGCUCGAAUUUAUUUUUACUAUUUUCAUGUGUAAAAAUAUUAUUAUAAUAAUACAUAUUGUUAUUGUUGUAUAUGUGAUUGUAAAAAGUCAAAUGUGUAAUUCCGUUUUGACUUUUCAUUAUGAUAUAUUGAGUUUUAAUUUUUGUUUUUUA